GGGGAACUGGGGCUGAGCCGGGACCGCCGAGCUCGGGGAUAAAAGCUGCUCUCUCUCCUCGCUCCUCCAAACACUUCCCUCGACUCCUCAGUGCCUUGGAUUCACCGCCAGCCCUGCAGAAUGUCCUGCUCUGACCUGUCCCCCUGCGGCGUCCUGCGCCCCCAGCCCCUGGCUGACAGCGGGAACGAGCCCUGUGUGCGCCAGUGCCCCGACUCCAGCACCCUCAUCCAGCCCCCCCCCGUGGUGGUCACCUUCCCUGGGCCCAUCCUCAGCUCCUUCCCUCAGGAUUCCGUCGUGGGAUCCGCUGGAGCCCCCGUUCUUGGGGGCUAUGGGGGCUAUGGGGGCUACGGAUCCCUGGGCUAUGGGGGUCUGUGGGGCUAUGGGGGCUAUGGGGGCUAUGGGGGAUAUGGAUCCCUGGGAUAUUUGGGCUAUGGGGGUUAUGGAUCCCUGGGAUAUUUGGGCUAUGGCUCCCUGGGCUAUGGGGGUCUGUGGGGCUGUGGGGGCUCCCGGGGGCUGUGGGGCUCUGGCAGAUCCUACGGCUCCUGCAGCCCCUACUCCUGGUACGGCCGCUACGGCCGCGGCCUCUGCGGGACCUGCUGA